UUGUUUUGUUCUAGUGACCUUCAAGUUGUCAUCCUGGAGUUUCCUACAUUGUUUCUAUUAAUUGCCAGUAGGAAACAUGUCAAAUAUGUUGUUGGUUCACUCUCUCUUUCAGGGAAGUAAACAUUAAAAGUCUGCGUUCUGUGCUUUCCCUGUGGUUGAUUUUUCCUUUGUGUUCUUCCUUGUUGCACCUGUUUGACUGACAGGCCAGAUAAGAUCUCAUAGUGGCUCAUUUUUUUGGACAUAUGUACUUCUGUAUACGUAUGUGUGGAAAAUCCUGUAUCUGUAUCCUGUAUGUCCAACCCUUUAAAUAGAGACACUGUCUCACAACUGGCACAUUUCUCAUCUGACUUGCUCUGAGACGCUCACACACACCGACAGAGAUGAUGACUCGCAUUUCAGCUACAGUGAUCGUGCUGUUGGUUGCAGCUCUCAGUGUACUCUGUACAGAUGCUUCUGCUUUGUCAUGUUGUAGGAAGUAUACGAAAGGAAAGAUACCAAUGGCAAUUAUUAAAGGAUUUUCCAUUCAGACCAUGAUGAGAAACUGCCACAUUGAUGCUGUCAUAUUACACACAAAAGGAGGCAGGAACAUUUGCACAGACCCCUCCAAACCCUGGGUGAUGGACAUUAUCCGUAAACUGAGGGAGAGAGUGCAAGUAAUCAGCAGAAAACAUUCAAAGGACUAACUUUACAACUUCUGUGGUUACACAGAUGUUACUACAAGAAAAAUUCUUUAUGGAGGAGGAUCUGUUUCUUUAUGAAAUUUACAUAUUUACUCUGCAUAUUUUUAUAUGCCUGUUAUUUUAUACUGUGUUGCUAUUUAAUUAACUGCAUUAAAAUUAAUUUUCUAUGUAAAGAGAAAAUCUGCCUUUUGUAUUUAAUUGAUGUUCUUAUA